AUGAGUGUGUGGUACGAAAAGACGGAAAAGCGAAUCAAAAUUCAAUGUAAGCCGACGGAAUAGGUGAUCGACGACAAUAACAUUGAUUCAUUCCAGACAAACCGUUCCCAGUGAAGCAACGUAAACACCAAUGUAAUCUGUGCGAAUGGUCGUUCGGAUCGUUGCCGAGACUCAUAAAGCACAAGGACACUCACUGGGAGUCCGGAGUCUAUGCCUGCCAAGUGUGCCACAGUCUCUUCAACUUCCAACACAAUCUGUACGCGCACUGGAGAUCGUCCUGUCACGCGGUCUCCAACAAACGCACCGACGCAGAGAUCACGAGCAUAGAAAUCGGAAAUCUUCGCAAUUACGUGCUUUGUGUUAUGGGAAUGGAAAACCGUGCUCAACUAUUCCACGUAUUCGGAGGCGCCAUGUUCCUUCCGUCGCCCGAGUUUCUCGCCGAGCGCCACAAUGAAGACAUGCCGCAGUACGCGUUCCCGUGUCAUCUGUGCUGUCUUUCGGUUCCGAUCAAACUGUUGGAGUGCCACGGAGACGUGCAUCGUGGAAGAUUCCGAAUCGACGGAUGUGUCUACGGAAACUACUUCUGCCACAUUUGUGCCCACCUUUUCCAGUGAGCCUCAUUUAUCUUGUUACAAUUCUGAGAACUCUUUUUUCAGAACCAAAGAGAGCUUGAUUCGCCACUGGAGAACGGCGUGCGAGGAAGUGAUGGCGUACACUCCGGACGAGGCGUGGCUCGACGACGACGAGCUGACCGCCCUCGUUUGGCUCGUGCUCCAACAGUCCGUUCCGCAUAAAACGAUCGCCGAUAUGGGCAGAAACACCCAACAAAUGCUCGAGAGAUGGUCGGCCGAACAUGCGAAGUCGCAUCAUCUGAAGGAUAUGCUUCAUGAGUACUACCACUUCCCGCAGGAGAUUUGGCCCCUCCAGACUCAGGUUGACCAGGAUAUUGUCGCAGAUGCGAUUCCGAUCCGUGGAAAAAACACAUUUGUAUGGCGCUCUGAAGUAUUCGGUACUCAAAUUCUGUUUCCAGUUCAUCAACAAUAAAAAGUAUCCGGUGCACUCGGUAAAUUUGCUGGCUACAAUGUGCCCGGAAUUCUACGCGACAGGCAUGGCAUUCCUCAUACUGUGUAGUUCUGAAAGCGACGAUAGCCCGGUGAAGAAUGUGUACAGAGUCAUUCUUCGUUAUACCAAUGCCGGCUCGGUCAUCAACACGGUAUCUGCCCACUGUUUACUUUUCCUCAUCUCCUAUUUCAGUACAAAUUCACCGCAAGAACCUGCCCGCGUCUGAGACCACAACAUACCAAGUACAACAUAGAAUCCGAUGGAUUCACUUGUACGCACGAUCACUGCAAAAAUCAGCUCAGUGCUAUCUCAUUCAUUUCGAAAGCUCGUUACGAUGAUCACGAAAAUCACAUUCAUAAAAAGAGUUUCUGGGAUGAUUACUGGUGUCCCCUUUGCAAACGAAUGUGAGCUUUUCACAGUAUUCUGGUAGAAAUCGUUUUAUUUUUCCAGUAUCCGCCAUCGUUCGAGUCUAGAGCACUGGGAGGAAGACUGCGUCGUGCUGAAGGAAAUUCUUCCGGACGUGACAGACCGACAAAUGUGCGAUUACACUUUUGUUCUUUGGGUUUCGAAGCUGUUCCAAAAACAGAAAGACAAAAUCGUAAUCACGAUGGAGUCGGAAACGUGUCCGAUUGACGAAUUGCUUCACAAGGAACCGAAGUUCAAAGGAAAACAAAAGUCUGAUUCGCUGAGAGACAUCGUCAAGACUGUGUUCGAAAAGCCAGAGGAAGUGCAGUGGAGGAAAUUAUUACGGACCAUCGAGCCAGAGUUCCGAAAGGCCAAAAAACGCUUCGAAAAGUUAAUGAACGCCGAACGGGAUUUCGUCCCUUCAGGAGUCAUUCUCGUCAUUUGCCCUCACUGCGGUACAUCACUCUCAUCCUGAAUCUUCUAGACAGUUUAGCUUUUCAGGCGGUCGAUUCCACAAUGAUUUGCUGGUUAAUCACUUAGAGCAACGUCACAGCUACCCGAAGGAGAGCCAGAUUAUGCGCUAUCACUUUGACAAAUGGAAGAGAAGCCGUUUUGUGGAUACGCUCCAAGUUUUUGUGAGUUGAAGUGCAUCGUGACGGUUUUUUGAAAACUUUUAUUUUCAGGCUGACAUGAUUGCAGAAUUGGGCGCCGAGCUUUCCCCGCAGAAAUUAUUGUCUAAAGAGCAAUACGAAAAGGUGACCGAACAGACGUUGGAGCAUUGGUAAUUUUAAUCAUUUCAGUGUCUAGAGUUCAAUUUCAAAGACAUGUACCUCAAGAAGGAAGCUCGUUUCAUCGCCACGUGGCAAGAAGAUAAGACUCUCCGUCCGGUCACCAUCAAUGGACCGCUUAGACUAAUCGGAGACAUUCAGCAGAAGUCGAAAACCGACGCUGUCAUAGCCCCAGAGCCAGACUUCGACGCUUUCGAGCAGAUCUUCCCGGAGGGAAAAGAACCCGAACAACAUGAUCCGAAAAGCAGAGUGGUUAGUUCGCUCUCAAUCAAAUUAGAGCAUUUUAGUGUAAUUUCAGCAAGAUGCCUGGUUGCCCGAAAACAAGGAUCUGCUGUUGAAGGACGUGGAAUAUGUGGAUCCGAUGUCCGGCAAGCCUCUCCCACCGGAACUCGCGGCAGUCCAAAAAAGGGUUGACGAGAUCUUUCUGAAGGGAUUCAGAAGAGAAGCACAUACGAAUGGCGUCCUCAUCAAUUCGCUCACUGAUUUCUUCCGUUGCUCUGCUCCUCCCGAUGGCGAGAAACCAAAAGUGCAAUAUGUCGAAUUGGAUGUGCAGCAAGACAGUUACGUGUCUGACGAGAAAGUGGCGAAGGCUUUGGAAGAAGACAAAAUGAUUGAGCCGUACCAAUCGGACUCCGACGAGGAAAUUGUGGACAACGAUGUGGAGGACUUGGAUCCUGACUUGGAAUCUGAUGACGAUGUCGGCGACAAAGAAUUUCACGCAGAAGACAAUCUCGAUGCACUCAAAGCGAGAAGAGCUCUGGUCAUCGAGGCCCGUUACCGGCAGAGAAUGAUCUCGCGCGAAGCGAUCAUUCCUCCGCCGUACGAAAAGAGGAACUUUGCGCCGAUGUACACAGAGAUAAAUCCUGCGAGAGCCAAGAAUCUGAACUUCCUGACUUCGGUUAUUCCUGGUCCGGACAUCGCAAACGACCAUAAAACUGACGAGUUGCGUCCGCUCGCAUUAGACUGGACCAUCGAAAACGAAGGCGGCGAUUUCCGUUCGAGUGCAGUCAAGUUCCGAGAGCACUACUCGAAAUAUCUGUCCAUGACGAAGACCACCGAAGUGCUGAGACAUGUUAACGGAUUGUGCAAGAGGGACACUGAGAAAAUGCAAAUGCACGAGGAGAUGCUCCAGGACAAUGUGGGAGAUGGAGUAGUCGACAGAAAAGGAACUGCCUACAUCGGAGGAUAUAUUAAGCCUUCAACAUUCCAACGGAAACACAAUGAAGUGUUCUAUGUGGUUUUUGGAUUCAUCGUAAGUUAUGAAAACUGAUUAGAAAGUAAUAGGAUACGUUGCAGACGAGAAAGUUCCAAGUGUUCGAGUGCGAAGACAGACGCGGAAAGUUCAAAUUUGUGUGGCCAAUCGAGAGAACAACGCAACUUCAAUUCGACAAGCUUCUUCCAUUCUCCAGAUUCCGAUUCGUGCCCUACGAUCAAAAGAAAGGUAUCAUUCGCUCAUUUCUCGGAAGACUUUGUAACUUCAUUAUUAUCAGAGUUCCCGAACCUACACAAGUCCAAAUUCCCGCCCGAAGGACCACCCGCUCCAUGCACGUCCUCAGGCCAAGCAGGACCAUCCAGUCCUCCCAAAAAACGUGGUCUGGAGGAUGAAGUGGAAGCGUUGGAACUGGAAGAGGGACCUCCUUCCCCGAAAAGAGCAGUAGUCACCAGUUUCCACAAAGUGGAUACUAACACUUUCAUGAAACCGUAUUGA